GUAAAGAAACAUCACGUGAAAAUAAAACGCACGUGCGAAAAAUGUGAGAAACAUAAUAAUAAAAAUAAAUAAAUCACGUGAUUGUGUAGAUAUGAAAGUGGAAAGAGUAAACAUAAGAUGAAUAAACAGUUUUGCGCGGUAGUGGCGCGCGCGCUCGGGUUGGUGUGAUCACGGCGCGCGGCUCCAAUCUCUUCCCACACUCGGCGCUGAGUGACGUCACCAGGCUGCCUCGGCUGAGCUCGCCGCUCCGUACGGCACACGGUCGGGAAAAUAAAAUGCUGCUCUCCGCACCGCCAAGGACAGGAACCAGCCCGUAUAACGGCUACACUCACAGGACCGGCAAAAAGGCGUAUGUGUCCUCCACCCAACAGAUGGCACCUCCCAGUCCCAACCCCACAUCCAGCAGUAAUGGGAGCAGUGGUGGAGUGGACCAGCUGAGCAAAACCAACCUCUAUAUCCGUGGCCUCCAUCCAGGGACCACAGACCAAGACCUGGUUAAACUCUGUCAGCCGUAUGGCAAGAUCGUGUCUACCAAGGCCAUCCUGGACAAGACCACCAACAAGUGCAAAGGCUACGGUUUUGUUGACUUUGACAGUCCUGCAUCUGCGCAGAAAGCUGUUACAGCACUGAAGGCCACUGGAGUUCAGGCUCAGAUGGCAAAGCAACAGGAGCAGGACCCUACCAACCUGUAUAUCUCCAACUUGCCUCUGUCCAUGGACGAGCAGGAGCUGGAGAGCAUGCUGAAGCCCUUCAGUCAGGUCAUCUCCACACGCAUUCUCCGUGACGCCAGUGGUGCCAGUAGAGGGGUGGGCUUUGCCAGGAUGGAAUCGACAGAAAAAUGUGAGGCCGUUAUUCAGCAUUUCAAUGGCAAAUACAUCAAGACACCACCUGGAGUGGCAGUGCCUAUGGAGCCUCUGCUGUGCAAGUUUGCCGACGGGGGGCAGAGGAAACGUCAGAGUCAGGGCAAAUAUCUUCUAAACGGUCGGCCGUGGACGAGAGAUGGGGAGACGGGUGGAAUGAUGCUGACCUACGACCCAACCCCUGCCCUACAGAAUGGGUUCUACUCCUCUCCCUACUGCAUUGCUCCCAACAGAAUGAUCACACAGACCUCUGUCUCUCCAUACAUGCAUUCCCCUGUUUCAACAUACCAGGUACACAAUCCAUCCUGGAUGCACCAUCAGUCGUACCUCAUGCAGCCCACGGGAACACUCCUAACACCUACCAUGGAUCACACACUGUCCAUCCAGCCUGCUGCCAUGAUGCCACUGACCCAGCAGCUCAGUCAUCUUUCCCUGGGCAGCAGCGGCACGUACAUACCUGCAAACACAGCUAUGCAAGGGACCUACAUACCCCAGUACACCCAAGUGCCUCCUGCCAGUGUCUCAGUCGAGGAAAACGGUGUCCAGCAGCCACAAGUUACUAUUGAGGCAACCACAGAGCAUCCAGCAUAUUCCUACCAGCAUGGCAAAUGAAGACAAGCUCAUCCGUGCAGGAAUCAGCAGUCAACGUGUCUCCACUUUCUGCUGCUGUGGACAUCAAAGGAGAGACACUGAUAUCUAAAGGAGCCUGUCACCUAGUCAGUUAAAGGAAACAGACAUUAAUUCUACUGGAGACUCUUUCAAGAGUGCAAAGACCAAGCAAUGGAAAGUUUAACCUUUUUUGGCAGCAUUAAAAACAACAUGAAGGAAGCUAUGCACUCAAAAGGAGGGCAAUGAAACACAUGUACAAAUACACAUGGUCUCUCUCUCUCACACACACACACACACACACACACACACACACACACACACACACACACACACUCGAGAAUUCUUUUUUAAUUUUGGCACUUAAAAUACGCCUUUAUUUUGGUCAUCCAGAGUGAACCAGAGACAACACUAUCAUUUUAGAACAGUAGUUUGUAGUUUAUUUUUAAACUAUUUUUCUUUUUUCCAUUUCGCCCAAUUGUUUUAAAUAUGUGACUACUUUAAGUCUGUUUUAGAGGUAGGUUUUUUUGUACAUACAAAAGGGCAAUGUUUUUUGUUUUGUUUUGUUUUUUAACGUUUUCGCUGCGUUUUUUUUUAUUUUUAAUUUUUAAAUUGAAUAUCAAAGAAACAGUUUUAAUUAAAUGUGGAACAAGCUGCUUAAGAGUGACUCUAAAGCAGUUAAAAAUAUGGUGGAAAAUAUGUUCUGUUGUAAACGUCCACAUCACCCAGCAGUAUGACGUGACUCACAGUUGCUAUUUUUAACGAAGGUCAGAGUUUAUUAAUAGUGGAAUCAAGCUCAUAGACAUGCUGUUCUGCCUCUGUCCCUAAAAUGCUGCUUUGUCUCAGAACCAAGGUCGUACUCUUUUGAGAUAUUUUUUUCUUAUUUAAAGUGAAAUUGUCUUUUUCAGAAAAUUGACAGAAAACUUUCCUAAAAUAAUUAAAUGCCAGCAUAGCAUGGUCUUCUGCA